CCCCGUGUCCUCAGUGUGCAGAUGACUUUCCACGGUGCCGUCACUUCUGCCCAUGGGGCAGGCGUUGCCCUUCCCCCACGACUUUCCCAGAACCCUCAUCCCCAGCCCCAGGAGAUGCAGCGUUAGGUUCAAUCAAAACCAAUUCCUCCCGUACAGAGCGUUCCGAGAUGGGGGGGGGGGGGGCACCUGGGUACGCAUGCACUUAACUGCGCAUGCACAGUCCUCGACAGCGGUGGUAUGGGGCGCACGGCACAACCCCCACUGCGAACCGGAGGGAUGUGAGCCUCAGAGUGGCCAAGCGUGGCGUCUGGCCAGAGCCAGGCUUGCAAUCCUGCUCCGGCUGAGCCCAGGCUCUUCGUGCUUGCUGGCUUGGCUCAGAGUCAGGGUCACAGACAGGAGGGUGGAGUGUGGCCUGCAUUUAAAUGAAUUCAGGCACAAAUAUUUAUUUUCCUAAGUGCUUAUGUGUGCCAGUUCCUGGACCUGGCUUAAGAAAUCAACACACCCAAGGCUGCUGUCUUGGUCCAGCCCACCCUCCAGGGGGCUUAUGCUGAUGAUAACAGACACUUUCAAGAGGCUUGUUGACUUCUCCCUGAGAAGAGGAAUGCUUGCCUGUUAUACGGAAGUCAUAUUGAUGGAAAACAAGACAACGGACUCGGGUCUGCUCUCCAGGUGUGUGGUCCUGCCCCUCUCCAGGCAGAGUUGCAGAGAGACAGAGAGGUCUUCCAUCCGCUGGUUCACCCACCAAAUGGUCAAAAUGGUUGGAGCUGCACUGAUCCGAGGCAAAGAUCCAGGAGCUUCUUUCAGGUCUCUCAGGUUCUCAUCUGCUGUCUGUACAAAUUAUGCUGUGAACGUCUCUUCAAGUCUUUUGCUCAUGUUCAUAUAGCAUUGCUUACUUUUUGCCGACCAUAUCAGGGGAAGAAAAAUUGCUGAUGUCAUCUCUGGAUUCUUUAGUGACUCUGUGACAUGAAGACAGGAAACCACACCCGUGUUUCUGAGUUCCUCCUCCUCGGUUUCUCUGAGCAGCAGGAUCGGCAGCCUCUCCUCUUCUGCACCUUCCUGGUUCUUUACCUGGUCACGGUGGCAGGAAAUAGUCUCAUCAUCCUCACAAUUGGCUUGGAUUCACACCUCUACACCCCCAUGUACUUCUUCCUGGCCAACUUCUCCCUCACUGAUCUGUGUUUAUCAUCGACAACAGUUCCCCAAAUGCUGGUGAACAUCCGUACUCAGAGACAUACUAUUCCCUACGCUGGAUGCCUGUCCCAGAUCUACUUCUUCCUGUGGUUUAUUGGUCUAGACGUUUUCCUCCUAGCAGUGAUGGCUUAUGACCGGCUUGUGGCUGUUUGCCACCCCCUUCACUAUGCCUUGGUCAUGAGUCCCAGGUGCUGUGUCCUCCUGGUGGGCAUGUCCUUGGUCCUUGCUCAUUCCUACUCUCUAACCCACACCAUUCUCCUGGCUCAGUUACACUUCUGCACUGACAACAUCAUCCCCCACUUCUUUUGUGAACUUCUCCCGUUGUUAAAGCUCUCUUGUUCCAGUACUUAUGCCAACCAAUGUGUGCUGACGUACUGGGGAGGGGCAUUAACCAUCCUGAUCCCCCUGCUGAUCAUGAUCUCAUAUGUCCGCAUUGUGGCUGCCAUUAUGAGAGUCCCAUCAGCAAGUGGCAAGUGGAAGGCCUUCUCCACCUGUGGCUCCCAUCUUUCGGCUGUUUGUCUGUUCUACGUGUCUGCUAUUGGGGUGUAUUUCAUUCCCUCCAGGGAUGAUUCGGCCAUCAAGGACAGGAUGGCAGCAGUGAUGUAUGCUGUGGUCACCCCCAUGCUGAAUCCAUUCAUCUACAGCCUGAGGAACAGAGACAUGAAGCAGGCCUUGGGGAGACUGCUGAGGGGGGAGGCACUGAAAUCUCUGUGACACCAGGGGUAUCGUUUGGGAAUUCAGGUGAAAUCAACUUUUCAAGUUAUCUUGGUGCGUAAGUUCAACUCCUGCACCUGUCACUCACUAGCUUUCCAAUGCAGGGAGAAUUAAAUACCCUCGCUGAGCUGCACUUUCCUCAUCUCACAGAAGAGGGUGGUAACAAUCUCUUACACAGCAUUUAUCUGAUACUUAUGCUUCUUCUAGGCCUUGUGAGUAAAUCUUCAUCAUAUUUACAAUAUUCUCUUUUUAAAAAUUUUUAAUUAACUUUUAUUUUAUUUGAAAGUCAAAGACACAGAAAUAAAGAGGCAGACACACACACACACACACACACACACACACACACAUAGAGAGAGAGAGAGAGAGAAUCUUCUGUCCCCUGGUUCACUCUCCAAAUACCUGGGAGAGUAACGGCCAGGCCAGGCUGAAGGCAAGAGCCAGGAACUCAAUCCAGGUGUCCCACAUCACUGACCGGGACCCAACUACUUAAGCCAUCACCUGAAAAGGCUCCAAGAAUGUGGAAUCAGAAAUGGAAACCAGGACUCAAAUUCGGGCACUUUCUGAAAUGGGCAGCAUCUUCACUACUUUGCCAAAUGCCUGCCGCUAAGAUAGUUUUUCAAAUGAAAACAAGUCCUACAUUGCAGACGGAAGUACCUCUGCUUACAUAUUAGGUUGCUCCUUUGUCGCCUUGAGACUUCCAGCAAGUUAUGAGCAUCCCCGGGCCCCAGUUUCCAGCCUGUUUUCCACGAUGUCCGUCAUAACUUACAUUUCCACCAAAUGUGUAUGAGAGUUCCCACUCUCCUCUUCCUCACUAGCACUUAUUUUUUGUCUUUCUGAUAAUAGCCAUGGGAACCGAGAGGCUAUUUCUCAUUGUGGGUUUGACUUUUAGUUUCCUCCUGGUCAGUAAAGUUGAGCAUUUGCCCAUGAAAUUACUGACUGUGUGCAUAUCCUCCUUUGAGAAACAGCUUUUCAGUUCAUCUGCCCAUUUUAAAAUCAGACUUUUUCAUUUUGCUGUUGUUUUUUAUAUUAUCUAGAUUUUAACCUCUUUUCAGAUGAACAGCUUGCAAAUAUUUUCUCACAUUCUGCGGGUUGUCUCUAUCUUUUUGAUUGCUUUCUUUUCUUUGUAGAACAUUUGUAGUUUAAUGUAAUCCUCACUUGUGAAUUUUUGCUUUCAUUGCCAUGUUUUGGGUGUCUUAUCCAAAAAAAUCCUUGUCUGGACCCAUGUCCUAAAGCAUUCUUUUUCUAUAUUUUCUUCCAGUAGUUCAAUAUAUUGAGUCUUUGAUCACUUUGGAGUUGAUUUUUUUUAUAUGAUGAGAGAUGAGAGUCUAGCUCCUUCCUUCUGCAUAUGGAUAUACAGCCAUUGCCUUAUUUUACAGACCACUGACCACUUUGUGGACCACUGAUGCCACCUUGGAAGCCACAAUACUAUGCAACAAAAUAAAAUCAGGAAGUGUUUCCAUCAGGGAGUGUUCAAAUUAACAUCAAAAUAUAUUAUUAAAACUGCCAUAUUGGCCGGCACCAUGGCUCACUUGGCUAAUCCUCUGCUUGCAGCGCCGGCACCCCGAGUUCUAGUCCCAGCUGGGGCGCUGGGGUUGCUUCUCUUCCAGUCCAGCUCUCUGCUGUGGCCCGGGAAGGCGGAGGAUGGCCCAGAUGCUUUGGUCCCUGCACCCGCAUGGGAGACCAGGAGGAAGCACCCGGCUCCUGGCUUCGGAAUGGCGUAGCGCCGGCCGUAGCAGCCAUUAGGGGAGUGAACCAAUGGAAGGAAGACCUUUCUCUCUGUCUCUCUCUGUCUAUACUCUACCUGUCAAAUAAAAAUUAAAAAAAAAAAACUGCCACAUCCCUCAAAGCCCUUAAUUAGGAGUAAUGUUUAUUGGACACUAUGAUUGCUGAUAAUUUCCUAAUCUUAGACUAUCUGCCAAACAGUCAAGUCAGCAUUUGUUCUUGUAAGAGUACUGAUUGUUACAUGUAAAUAGUCAAUACAGGCAAAGAGCUCAGACAACAUAGUAGAUGGACUAUUUGUCUUGCACCCAUUCAUCUCUCUCUGGGACUCUCAUGAAUGAGUAAUAAACUUUCAAACUCUCUUACUGUGUGAAGCAUCAUCAACCUCUAACAUCUGAAUCAAAAAAUAUGUCUUCUGAUAAAACACACUGAUAUCUCUAGAAAAGAUCAAUGGCCCAAAUCUAAUACACACACACACACACACACACACACGCCUAAUAAAGCUAACAUAGUGAAAUGAUAUCAAAAUGGCAUAGUAGGAGUUCUACUCUCCCCCAACAGAAAUCCAACCAGUAGCUAUCUAGAGACAAGAUUGCCAUCCAGAUUAUCACAAAACUUGAGAGUGACGUCCCCUAUAGCACAGAGCCACGAAAAGUCAUGAGCAGCUGGUGAAUGAACAGUUCUCUUUGACUGCGAUAUGCUUGCUCCAAAUACACAUAGUUCUGCAUGUGAAUGAUUUACAUAGAUUCCCAGUUUCUCCAAUAAGAAAAUGACUUGGAGGUAGAUAAUCAGCUUCCAACUCCCAUUUUGAGAACCUUUGCAGGAGGUUCACUCUGUUCUCAUCCCAAAGGAAGAAGGGCAGUGUCAACAGGGCUUGCCCACAGAGGUCAUUUAGGAAUAAAGAAUGGCUCACAGCCGCCAAUGUGGGAAACUCAGUGCCAGUUGUAGCAGACCUGGACUUAUGGCAUCUUCUAAUUCUGCAACGGCUGCAGCAGCCAAGGGCUUACAGACCAAAGAGAAAGAAUUUCUGGAGAGAUCUGUAGAAGGAUGGUCACAGGGCUGGGUAUUUGGCAAAAUGGUUGACAUGCCACUUAGGACAUACACAUCCCAUAUUGGAAUGCUUGGUUUUAGCCCUGCUCUGAUUUUGAUUCCAGUUUUCAACUAAUGUGCACCUGGGGAUGCAGCCGGUGAUGGCUCAAGUACGUAUAUCCUUGCUACUCACAUGGGAGACUGGGAUUGAGCUCCUGAUUUUGACCUGGCCCAGUGCUUGAAGUUGUGAGCAUUUAAGGAAUUAAUUGGAAGAUGCAAUAUUUCUCUCUCUCUCUCUCUCUCUCUCUGUGUGUGUGUGUGUGUGUGUGUGUCUGUCUCUCUCUGACUUUCAAAUAAAAAAUAAAUAAAUUUUAAAAAAUUUUAAAGAGGAUAGUCCCAAAGUCAUACCAUGAAGACUGGAAUAAAUACCUAUACAUUCCAUGCACUGACAUCAAGUAUAGCCACAAACAUCAGGAAAAUAAUGAGUGGGCAAGCAUUUGUCCUAUUAAGAUGACAGUUGGGAUACCUGCAUCUCAUGUCAGAGUACCUAGGGUUGAUACCCACUUCUAGCUCCUCCCUCCAGCUUCCUUUAAUGCAGACCCUGAGAAGCAGUAGUGAUGGCUCAAGUAACUGGAUUUCUGUCAUUCAUGUUGGAGAACUGGAUUGAGUCUCCAGCUCUUGGUUUUGGUCCCAAACAAGGGCCACUGAAGGCAUUUGGAGAGUGAAUCAGUAGACGAGAGAUUCAUUCAUUCAUUCAUUCAUUCUCUUUCUCCCUCCCUCUACUUCCCCUUUUCCAUAACUCUGACUUUCAAAUAAACAAACAAAUCUUAAAAAAAAAAAAAAAAACAGAAAAUGCACAGAAAAGGAAGAACAAUGAAAAGGGAUGCAGAAGAUUAUGGGAUUGAUGGGAUAGAAACAACAAAAGAAAAUGUAAAAGUACACAAAUUCACGAUACUGUAAUGAUGGUGUGCCUAAUUAAAAUUAUUUCUAAUUAGAAGCCUAGGACUCAGUGUUGUGCUGCAAUGAGUUAAGCUGCCCCUGCAAUGCUGGCAUCCCAUAUGGGUGUUGGGUUGAGUUCCAGAUGUUCCAUUUCCAUUCUGUCUCCCUUCUAAUGCCCCUGGGGAAGCAGCAGAAAAUGACCCAGGUGCUUGGACCCUGCCACCCACAUGGGAGAUCUGGAUGAAGCUCCUGGCUCCUAUGUUUGACAUGGCCUAGCCCUGGCCAUUGCGGUCAUUUGGGAAGUGAACCAGCAGAAGGAAGAUUUCUUUCUCUUUCUAUCUCUCCUCUCUCUGUAACCCUCCCUUUCAAAUAAAUAAAUCUUUAAAAAAAAAAAGCAAGAAGGUUAAAGAGAUAAAACUAUUAUAAUAAUUAAAAUAAUCUCUUAAGGGAUAUAUAGUGAAAAUAUGUAAAUAGUGACAUCAAAAUUCCAAAAUAUGGUGAGGGAGUGAAGCAUAGAAUUUGAAAAAUUUUUUGCAAAGUUGAGUAGUUAUAAGUUUGAAAUAAUCUGUUUUAAUUACCAGAAAUUUUUGGUAAUCUUUGUGGUAACCACAAAAUGAAAAGCAACAAAAGGUAUAUUAAAAGUUAAAUUCAAGGACUCAAAACAUACCAGGAGGAAAAAAAUUAACCACAAGGAAGGCAAUAAGAAACAAAGAAAAAAAAAAAAAACAAGAAUUUGUAAAUCAAUUAGAAAACAGUUAACAAAAUGGUAACAAUUACCUUGAAUGUCAAUUGAUUAAGUUCUCCAGUAAAAGACAUUGAGAGGCAGGAUGGAUUUUAAAAAAAAAAACAAUUAUAUCAUGCCUGCACGAGAGUUCACCUGUAGGGACACAAAUAGACUGAAAGUGAAGAACUACAAGAUGAUGUUCUAUGCAAAGGGAAGCCAAAGAGAGCAGGAGUAGCUAUACUUAUAUAAAACAGACUUUAGGUUAGAAACUGCAAAAAGAGGUGAUUCCAAGAUGGCUGACCAGGGAAAGGACAUGUUGCUUCAGAUGAGGGGACACAGCAGAAGAAAAGCAGACGAAGUGCAUUCCCAGGAAAGAGUUGGAGAGAAGUUGACAGUGGAAAUCCUACAGAGGGAAGAGGGGUGGUGUGGAGCAGCACGAAAGGUGUGGACACAUAGCAAUGAGCAGAGAGACCACAGACAACCUGUAGCUGAAAACUGGAGGAGAUGCCAGCUUGGGAGAGUGAGGUGAGAGGAGACUGCAGUAGCCCAAGCCACUGGUGACACUGCCUGAGUCCGACCUGGAAGUCUAGCGAGGGACAAGGUAUCUGCUUAUUCAAGCUAAAGAAACAGCUAUUAUAUGCCAAUGGAUCUAAAGGGAGACAUAUACUCCAAAACCACAGUAAUGGGGGACUUCAACACCCCAUGUUUACAAUGGACAGAUCAACUAACAAGAAGAUAAAAAAAGACACAACAGAGCUACUAUAACUAUGGACCAAAUGGACCUAACUGAUAUCUAUAGAACCUUUCAUCCUAUGGUUGAAAAAUACACAUUCUUCUCAUCAGUGCAUGUAACAUUAGCUAGGAUAGGCCAUAUGCUAGGCCAUAAAGCAAGUCUCAGAAAUUCAAAAAAAUUAGAAGCAUACCAUAUAUUUUUACUUACCACAAUGGAAGGAAGCUGGAAAUGAACAAUUCAAUAAUCUCUAGAAAAUAUGCAAACACAUGGAGGCUGAACAGCAAGCUCCAAAUGAACAGUGGGUCAUAGAAGAAAUCAAAAGGGAAAUAAAAAAUUUCUAGAAACUAAUGAAGACAACAAUACAACCUAUAAAAACUUAUGGGAUACAGCAAAAACAGUGUUAAGAGGGAAGUUUAUAGCCAUUGGAAAGGCUUUAUCAAGAUAUUGGAAAUGAAUCAACUAAAUGAGCUCUCAAUGCAUCUCAAGGACCUAAAAAACAGCAAAACAAAUCCCAAAUUAGGAAGAAAUAAUUAAAAUUAUAGAAUAAACAAAAUUGAAACCUUAGUAACAAUGCAAGAGGUCACUGAAAUGAAGAGUUGGUUUUUUGAAAUAUUGGUACACCACUGGCUCAACUAACCAAAAAAGGAGGGAGCAGAUGCAAAUCAAUAAAAUCAGAGAUGAAAAAGGAGGUGAAACAAUGGAUAUCACAGAAAUAAAACGAACCAACAGAAAAUAAUACAAAAAGCUAUAUGUCAAAAAAUUGGCAAAUCUAAAAGAAAUGGAUAGAUUCUUGGGCACUAAAAAUCUACUAAAAUUGAGUCAUGAAAACAUAGAAACCCUAAAAAGACCAAUAACCAAUAUGGAAAUUGAAUCAGUAAUAAAGAUCCUCCCAACAAAGAGAAACCCAGGACCUAAGGACUUCACUGCUGAAUUCUACCAGAUUUUUAAAGAAGAACUAAUUCCGGCCGGCGCUGCGGCUCACUAGGCUAAUCCUCCACCUGUGGCACCGGCACCCCGGGUGCUAGUCCCAGUUGGGGCGCCGGAUUCUGUCCCAGUGGUUCCUUCUCCAGUCUAGCUCUCUGCUGUGGUCCGGGAGUGCAGUGGAGGACGGCCCUAGUGCUUGGGCCCUGCACCCGCAUGGGAGACCAGGAGGAAGCACCUGGCUCCUGGCUUCGGAUCAGUGCAGCGUGCUGGCCGUGGCGGCCAUUUGGGGGGUGAACCAACAGAAGGAAGACCUUUCUCUCUGAUUCUCUCUCUCUCUCACUGUCUAACUCUGUCUGUCAAAAAAAAGGAAGAACUAAUUUCAACUCUUUUCAAGCUAUUUGAAAUAAUUUAAAGGGAGGGAAUCCUUUCAGACCCCUUCUAUGAGGCCAGCAUCACCUUGAUUCCUAAACUGAACAAGAUAAAACAAAACUACAGACCAAUAUCACUGAUGAACAUACAUGCAAAAAUAUGGUUAGCUCAAUAGAUGCAGAAAAAGAAUUUGAUAAAAAUACAGCAUCUGUUGUUCAUGAUAUAAACCUUAAGCAAUUUGGGUAUAGAAGGAACGUUCCUCAAAACAAUCAAGGCAACCUAUGACAAAGCCACAGCCAGCAUCUUAUUGCAUGGGGAAAAGUUGGAAGCACUUCCACUAAGAUCUGGAACCAGACAAGACUGCCCACUUUCACCAUUGCCAUUCAAUGCAUAUUAUGUAUAUACAAAAAAAUGUAUAUUAUGGAAAAAUUAUGCAUUGAUUUAAAAAUGUUUUUAACCAAAAUAAACAUCUUUUAUUCCAUUUUCAUGAUUGUGUUGAAGUACCUUUGUAUGGUACAAGUACAGAAUAAACUGCAAUGCAACUUUAAAAAAAGAAACUAUAAAAAGAGACAAAGAAAGUCAUUAAGUAAUGAUCAAGGGAUCAAUGAAGCUAGAAAAUAUAACAAUUAUAAACAGAUACAUACACAAUAUUGGAAUAUAUAUAACAAAUAUUAAUAGAACUGAAGGCAAAGACACAAUGUAAUAAAAAAUAAAAAAGGAAUUCCAGUAUCUCAUGUCAGUAAGGGACAGACUAACCAGACAGAAAGCCCACAAAGAAAUACUGAAUUUAAACUGCAUAUUAGACCAAAUGAACCUAACAUACAUAUAGAAUAUUCCAUUUAAUGGUUGCACAAGCCUCUACAAAUUUAAAAAAGAAAUUACUUCAAGUAUGUUUUCUGACCACCAAUAUAUAAAAUUAUAAAUCAGCAACAAGAGGAUCUCAAAAGUUCAUGAAUAUGGCCGGCGCCGCGGCUCACUAGGCUAAUCCUCCGCCUUGCAGCGCUGGCACACCAGGUUCUAGUCCCGGUCGGGGUGCCAGAUUCUGUCCCAGUUGCCCCUCUUCCAGGCCAGCUCUCUGCUGUGGCCCAGGAGUGCAGUGGAGGAUGGCCCAAGUGCUUGGGCCCUGCACCCCACGGGAGACCAGGAGAAGUACCUGGCUCCUGCCAUCGGAUCAGCGCGGUGCACCGGCCGCAGCGCGCCAGCCGGGGCGGCCAUUGGAGGGUGAACCAACGGCAAAGGAAGACCUUUCUCUCUGUCUCUCUCUCUCACUGUCCACUCUGCCUGUCAAAAAAAAAAAAAAGUUCAUGAAUAUAAGGAAACAGAUCAGUGGAACAAUGAUGAAAUUGAGUGAAAUGUCAAAAUUGCAUGAGACAAAUGAAAAUGGAAAUGCAACAUACCAAAACCUAUGAAAUACAGUAAAAUCAGUCCUUAGAGGGAAGCCUGUAACUACCAAAAACCUAGUCAAAAACUAAGGGAGGGGCUGGACCCUGAGGCACAGUGAAUUAAGCUGCAGUUUGGGUCUCCCCACAUCUCAUAUCAAAGAACCACUUUGAGUACGGCUACUCUGUUUCCUUCAGCUUCUUACUAAUGUGGCCUGGGAGGUGGCAGAUAGACUCAAGUGCCUGGGUCCCUACCACCCAUGUGGGAGACCCAGUGGGAGUACUGGGCUCCUGGCUUUGACCUACGCCAGCUAGUAUUCCCUCGUGAGAUAUACAAUUUGCAAAUAUUUUCUCCCAUUCUGUUGGUUGCCUCUUCACUUUGCUGAGUGCUUCUUUUGCUGCUGUGUGGAAGUGUCUCAGUUUGAUGUAAUCUCAUCUAUUUUUUAUUUUAUUGUCUGUGUUCAUGGGGUCUUAUACAAAAAAUGUUUCCCUAUGCCAAUGUCAUGCAGCAUUUCCCCUGUUUUCCUCGAGUAAUUUGAUGCUUUCAUAUUUUAGUUUUAGAUCCUUGAGCCACUGUGAGUUGAUUUUUGUACAGGGUGUAAGGUGGGGAUCUUGUUUCAUACUUCUGCAUGCAGAGAUCCACUUUUCUCAACACCAUUUGCUGAAGAGACUA